UCGACACUCCAAGACAUUCAUCAUUUCAUGGGAGAACAGUAUUGGGUGUGUUUGGGUCUGAGGGAAACAUAAGAUCGAGCAGAGUGACUGAGAGAGACAGGAUCUGAUCAGGGAUGACAAUCACCAUGAACGGUCAGGAAAAUAUGCUACACUUCUCUCCACUGUACGCUGAUGCAUACACCACCACCACCACCACCACCCAACAAGGUGAGUCGAAACCAAGACGACGCCGUAAGAAGAGCAAAGGAGGAGAAGGCGGCGGCAGCGGCGGCGGCGGGAUCAAGAAGCGUAAGCUAACCGAGGACCAAGUGACUCUUCUCGAGGGUUACUUCGGAAAUGAACAUAAGUUGGAGUCGGAAAGGAAGGACCGGCUCGCUUCUGAGUUGGGUCUGGAGCCGCGCCAGGUUGCCGUUUGGUUCCAGAACCGUAGGGCUCGUUGGAGGAACAAGAAAUUGGAGGAAGAGUACUCUGUUUUGAAGAAAGAGCAGGAAAGCACCCUUUUCGAGAAAUGCCGGCUUGAGUCUGAGGUGCUGAAGCUGAAGGAGCAACUGUCGGAGGCAGAGAAGGAG